AGCUGUAUACUUUUUAACAGGAAAUAAAUCAGAUCCAGAGUUCGAGAUUGUUGUUUACAUUUAUAUUGAAAACACCAUCUAAUAGUUGACAUGUUUCCCCAUUGUGAAACUGAAGGAUUCAUUUUAAUAAUAAAAAAGUUUUUUGUUGGUACUUUUAUUUCGUCUCAAUAAGGAGAUGUUUUUUAAUUGGAAUUUUUGAUGUUUUAUUUAUUAAUUAAGUGUAAAAGACAAGAACUUUCCUCUUAUUUUUCCCCCAUAAAAGUUUGAAUUCGGCGAUACAUUCAUGCAUGUUGUUUUAAAAAUGUGAACUUUUGAGUGUGAAAAUGUUGUUGAGUGUUCUUUCAUUUGCCUUCUAUUUGUAUUGUUGUUGGUGCCAAGUACUGUACUAUGAAUACGAUGUUGAAGGGGAAGCUCAACAUGGAUUUUAUGUAACUAUUACUAUAGGUCGUCCACCACAAAAUAUAAAACUUUUAAUUGAUACUGGAAGUGCUAAUUUCGCAGUAGCUGUCACUCCACCUCUGAAAAGCGGCAGCAAUAAUUUCUUUCGUUACUCUAACUCGAACACUUUUGUGAAAACAAGCUCUCAUAUAGCAAUUCAAUAUGUUCAGGGUAAUUGGAGUGGCUUUUUAGCCACCGAUAUAGUAUAUGUUGAAAAGAAUCGCUACGUUAGGUGUGCCAUAGCCUGUAUGUCGGAUGUGCAUAAUGUUUUCGACAUCAAUUCAAUGUUCAGUGGCAUAUUGGGAUUGGCCUAUCCAGCUGUAGCUAAACCCAAUUCAUCCAUCUCCCCAUUCUUUGAUGCCAUCAGGAAGGCUCAAAAUAUAAACGACGUUUUUUCGAUCAGUUUGUGCGGUCCUUCAUUCUCGGACAGUCGCGGCUCGGAUGGAAAAUUGCACUUCGGGUUUAUUUCUGCCAGGUACUAUUCUGGCAAGAUAAUGUAUUCUCCGAUCACGAGAGAGCGUCUUUACGAAAUAACUUUGACAACGCUGAGAGUGGGAUCGAAAGAAAUAGCCGUGAAUUGUGAGGAAUUAAAUGAUCCCAGAUCGUCUGUGGAUACGGGAACGACCCAACUACUCGUAUCCAGUUUGGUGUAUAAUGAAAUCAUAUCUAAAAUAAAAUUACACGUUAGUGAAGAAGAGAGUCAGUCGGGCGUCGUGGGAAAUGUCAGUAAAUUCUGGCUCAAUGAUACAGCAGCUUGUGUUCCUAAGAUGUAUUUUAAUAUUUCUCUUUUUCCUGACCUAUUCAUAUCUUUUUACCACACUGAUAACAGUUAUUUUAAUCUUGUUAUAUCACCUGAACUUUAUCUACUUCCUUUUCAAGAGUUUUCCAUCGAAAAUACUUGUUUCACGCUCGGCAUCGGCGUAUCCGACGUUGGAACGAUCGUCGGUUCCACUCUUUUGAAAGGGUAUUACGUCGUUUUCGAUCGAGCCAACAAGAGAAUAGGCUUUGCUAACUCUAGUUUCUGUCUAAAAGAGAUGAGCUUUGUUACGAUGCCCAGUUUUUUAGACAGCGCCAACUUCUCGAAUUGCAAAUGUGUUGAGAACAAUGUUCAGAAUGAUUCUAUUACUGCUGGAACCAUUAUAUUAUUAGUGUUUAUUUUAAUACUGGCAGUUUUGUUGUUAUACAGGAUAAUUGUAUGGGUUCAAGCUAUUAGGUUUCAGUAUUCUAAUAAUCACUUAGACACUAGCAACUUAGUUGAGGAAGAUGAUAAACUAUAAAACUAAAUUUUUUUAAAACAUUGUUGUGUGUCUACCACUACAAAAAUACAAUUCCAAUUCACUACUAUAUAAGACGUGUUAACUCGAUUCUAUGUAGGUGUAUCUUUAGAUAGAUGAAGGUUGACAUUGUUGAUAACUAUUAUCUCCACAUUGGUGACCUGCAGAUGUGAUGUGAACACGCCUACCUUUACAGAACCUCCCACUUCGAUUUGAACACACCUACUUCAAUGAAUGGUCCACAUUGAACUAUGGACUUGCUACUUAUAACUGCGACAUUAUCCAGCUCAUUGUGCUGUUGCUGCUCAGUCUAGUUCACACACAACAUAUACACUCGACAGCUAGCGGCAACACAGGAAGGACUUUCCAGAAGUCCAGGGUCCUGAAGUUUCAAGAAAUCAUCAAUCACAUUUAUAGUGUUGGCAUUGAUAAGGGCAGUAUACCUGAUCUAACCAAGGCUUCGUGUCCUUUGCUAGAAGAAAUGGAAAAUCACCUUACAUAUAUUUGGAAGGAAAAAAAAGUCAAACAGUUGCCAAGACAAAUUCAGUUCAGUGUGCAGUGUCUGCUCUGAGCUCUACUAGUUCUGCUUUAGCAAACAGUGCUCAUGAAAUCUCUCACGAGCUGAAUGGCCUGACAGUGGAUGAGAGUAUGAGGAGGGCUGUUGAAGAAGAAGCUGCCAUCAUGAAUCAAUUGAAGGUUGUAUAAUCACUUGUAAAAGUUGCAUGAAUCUCGCUGCAUUUCAUAUUUUGAGCAUUCGGGAAUGCCUAUUAAUGACCAUUAAAAUCGUCUCAAAGGA